AUCUGAAAUUCAUGAAUUUCUUCACACACCCAUUUUAAUAUGGCGGUGAUCAGACACAGGAAACUCUUCCCAGCACCAUUUUCCUCAAACCAAACUGACUGCCCAGACUGCCCAGAUUGCACAUAUGAUUGUUACCCCUAUACAGAUAUCUAUAUUCCCCCACCACCACCAUUUCCUGCCAUUGAUCAAAGUGACCAAAACCACCAUAUCUCACCUUAUGUGAUUCUGUUCCUCUCUUUGCUAGCUGGGCUUUUCCUUCUCAUUGCCUACUAUGUCAUUAUAGUAAAGUCCUGUUCAAGUUUCUGCAGUCCUAAUAGAAACAAUGGAUCUCCACAGUCCGAAUCAACCAGCGGAGAUGAGGAAUUUCUUGCAGAGAAUCAAGUUGAUCACCCAAUAUGGUUCAUCACCACCGUUGGAUUGCAGCAAUCUAUCAUAAAUUCUAUCACAGUUUGUAAGUAUAAGAAAUGUGAGGGCUUGAUUGAAGGGACAGAGUGCUCUGUUUGUUUAAAUGAGUUUCAUGAAGAUGAGAUGCUUAGAUUAUUGCCCAAGUGUAGUCAUGCUUUUCAUAUGAAUUGUAUUGAUACUUGGUUGAGGUCUCACACAAAUUGCCCUCUAUGCCGUGCCUAUAUUACUUCUGAGACUCUCGGUAAUUCGAACAUUGUGAGGCUUGAUUUGGGUUCCGGAGAUCAAAAUGGGGAUGGCAUAGACACAAAUGGAGAGACCCUGAUGGAGAUUUCUGAGAUUGAAAGUGAAUUGGAUGUGAAUAAUCAAGUGGGAUAUGACAAUCAGGUGUGUGAAAACAGAGCUGGAACAGAGGAUGACGGUGAAGAACACCAGUUUGGCAAUGGAACUACAUCAAAAGAGGUAAUAACUCUUAAUGAAGUUCCAUUAAGAAGGUCUAUUUCGAUGGAUUCUUCGUCGGCUGAAACCAAGUUCCAUUCAGAUGUUGCUCGAAAUCGUCAGUCUUCAAUUGAGCAAUGUCUUCAUAUAAGUCCCGUUUUGAUGAAAAGGUCUUUUUCUUGUAGUGGAAGGUCGAGAUUGUUGUCUUUGAGACAUAAAUGGGGGAUGAAUUCAGUUGUUCCCCUCUGAAGUUUAUGGUCAUAUAUGUUUUAAAGUGAAAUGUUUGUGCUGUAAUAUAGAGAUUUAUAAUCAUGUACUCUCAAUAAGGAGAGGGUCAAGAAAAUGGGA